AUGACCAACGAUGUAGAAGUGCAGGCAGAUGAUGUUGAAGAUAUAGGCGAAAUCGAAGUGCGGGAUACUUCGUCGUUUGGCGAGGGAGACUCGGCCUAUUACGACUCAGAUGAUGGUGCAUCGUCCACGCAGUCGGUCACAUCGAGUAUCUACCAGUAUGAAGUGGCCCAUGGUCGCACAUAUCAUGCCUAUCACGCCGGCAAGUACAUUUUUCCCAACGACGCCGACGAGCAAGAACGGACCGACAUUAUGUACCACGCCGUACGGCUGUCCAUGGGUAACAGGCUCUUUUUCGCCCCCGUGGAGCCGACCUGCGUCCUGGAUAUUGGCACUGGCACUGGCCUCUGGGCCAUAGAGAUGGCAGAUGCUUAUCCCGCGGCUGAGGUCUACGGUACUGAUCUCAGUCCCAUUCAACCAAGCUACGUUCCACCGAACUUGACGUUCGAGAUCGCGGAUGCUGACGAGGAUUGGACGUGGCGCACCAUGUUCGACCUCGUCCACACUCGCAUAAUGAACGACAUGACUCUGAGGAACUGGCCACACUUUUUCGAUGAAGCCCUCAAGGUUCUCAAGCCAGGCGGCUGGGUUGAGUGCCAAGAGUUCAGCUACACGCGCCGGACUGAUGAUAACACAUUACCUGAGGACUCGGUUCUUACCAAGUGGGAGGAGCUUUGGACCGAGGGCAUCAGCAAAACGGGUAUCGGUGGACACUGCAAUCCUGAUCUAGUCGUGCAGCAAAUGCGCAAUGCUGGGUUCGAGAACGUUACGCGGCUGAACUUCAAGCUACCAAUUGGGCCGUGGCCGAAGGAUCCCAUGCUCCGUGAGGCCGGCGAGUUCGGGCGAGCGAAUUUGGUCUAUGGGGCCUAUGGAUUGAGCGUCAAACUGUUCACCGAGCUGCUAGGAUGGAGUGUCGAGGAGCUGGAAGUUCUACUCGCGCACUGCCGCAAGGAGUUAAAUCGAAAGGACAUCCAUGGGUACUGGCCUAUGUGA